AGUUUGGCGUCCCUCAUCACGAGUCCGUUCAGAUGAUUCCUGAAGCGGCGGAUGAGGCAUGAUUUUCCCAACGUAGUCUUCCCUUUCACCGUCAAAAUCAGCUUUUAUGAGUCAAGAUUUAGAUAAAGACGUUUGUCUAUCUUUUUUUAAUGCAUCUUCCGCUUUUUUCUUUCUUUUUUUUUCUUCUUCAAAAUAAACGUUAGCUUUAGCUAGGUAGCUUGGCUUUAUUACUGUAUCUGAACAUUGACUUCAAGUUUGUGGAUUAAUCAUUGAUAUUGGCCUAUUUCAACCAAAUAUUCUUUAUAUUUUCUUAUAUCUACCCGCGAUGUCCCAUAAUAAAUAUAGUGCGUUGCUUUUGUUAUUCUAAAAGGCAAGAAGUUGAAGUACAAUCUCGAUAAACUGACCGAGGAAAUCUGUUCGAGAGAUCAGACUGCAUUUCUGUCGUCAAACUGAUCAGUCAGGACGGAAUCUGUCCCCGCGACAAGACCAAACAAAGAGGACAUUCACCCAAAUCCAUAUAACUUUAUUUACAGAAGGAGAAUACAGCACAAAAUCAAGCUGACAUGAUGUUUCCACAAGCCAGGCACUCGGUGUCGUCUCAGUCGACACAGCAGCUCAAAUUCACCACAUCAGACUCUUGUGAUCGCAUCAAGGACGAGUUUCAGUUCCUGCAGGCACAAUAUCACAGUUUAAAGUUGGAAUGUGAUAAACUGGCCAGUGAAAAAUCUGAAAUGCAGCGGCAUUAUAUUAUGUAUUAUGAGAUGUCAUAUGGACUCAACAUUGAAAUGCACAAACAGGCGGAGAUUGUGAAGAGAUUGAAUGGAAUCUGUGCUCAGGUGUUGCCCUACCUGUCUCAAGAGCACCAACAGCAGGUCCUGGGGGCGAUAGAUCGAGCCAAACAGGUCACCCCUCCUGAAAUGAACUCCAUCAUUAGGCAGCUUCAGGUUCACCAGCUCUCUCAGCUCCAGGGUUUGGCGUUACCCAUGACCCCUCUGCCCCUGGGCUUGACCCCGCCCACCCUGCCCGCCGUCACCUCCAACUCCGGGCUCCUGUCGCUGUCCAGCAUCCUCGCGUCACACGCGCACCUCGCCAAGGAGGACAAGAACUCUCGUGACGGCGCCGACGGCCACCGUGACGAAGAUGGCGACAAAUCUGACUAGCGUUUGUUGAGACUCUGAUUCUGUGGUAUUAGUUCUGAAAGUAUAGAGUGCAGAACAACCAGAGAAAGAGAGAGUUGUGAAGGAAUCCAAACACACUACUCUGUUCUCAUUUGUCUCAUACAUGAUUAAAGCCAAUCUUUCCUCCUGAAUACUGCAUUUGAAGUCUCAUUCAUUUAGCUUUGUCAUUAGCAACCACAUUGCAAUGCCCUAGAAACCAACUUUCUGGUUCUAUAAGAGGUACAAGGCAUUUGUGGUGGCAUAAUUUUGAUUACCACCAAAAUUAAUUUUGACUCCUCCCUCUUUUUCUUAAAAAAAAACAACAAAAAAAAGCGAAAAUCAUUGUUCCAUUGAGGCACUUACAAUGGAAGUGAAUAGGGGCCAAUCCGUAAAUGUUAAAAUACUCACUGUUCCAAAAGUAUAGCCACAAGAUGUUAAUAAUAUGCAUGUUUACAUGAUUUUAGUGUGAUAAAAUCACUGUGUAAAGUUAUAGCCAAUUUCGUAACUUCAUUGCCAUUACAACGUACACACUAAAAUGCUCAAAUAUUACACAAGUUUUAACAGAAGAAUUAAUGUAGGUGCUUUUAUAAAAUUAGAAGCUUCACAUUUCUGCCUUUAAACACUCCAAACAUUGGCCCCAUUCACUUCUAUUGUAAAAGCCUCACUGUAACCUCCAUUUUUGAUGUUUGUUUUAAAUAUAAGGAGGGAUGAGUCAAAGGUUUUUUAGAUAUAUAUUUUUUGGUUAUCAGUAUAGUGCAAAACCAAAUGCUGUCUAUUGAGCUUAACUUGUAUUUAACCCAAAAUAUCCCUUUAAACAUGCAACACGAUGUUUGGCAUGUUUAUCGUAUAGUAUACUGCAUUCUGUUUCACAUGCUAAAAAAAAAAAAAAAAAACAGUAAGCAGUUUACAGAAUGUACUUUUGUAGAAUGCUAGUAUUCCAUUCUGAACGUAGCCAAGUUAUAAAGACAUGACUACCUAUGGCUGUACAUAAGCAUUGGUGCAUUGGGUAUUCUAAUUGUGUGUUUCUGGACAUUCAUGUCUCGUAUGUGUCCACAAAUAUCAGCGCGUGUCCUAUAAUUCCUUGUUUUUAAUUGUUUUUCAGUUUGCCAGUGCUAAUAUAUUCUAAGAAACGCUUGCAGUUUAAGUGUGGGUCGUAUACAUACUAAGAUCUGAUCUGGAAUGUAUACUGUCAUUAUAAUCUCUAAAUUAACUUCUUGUUUGACUUUUCUAUUUUAUCACUUGUUUUUAUUUUAAUAUUUAGAUUUUUUUGCUGUUUGCUUCACUUGAUCUCAAAACCAUUUUUCUAAAGAAAAUGAAAGAAAAAGUAGUCAUCCCAGAUGUUUAUGACUUUCUAUCAUCUGCUGAUCUCUAAGGUUUUUAGAAGAAUAUCUCAGCUCUGUAGGUCCAUACAAUGCAAGUGAAUGGGUGCCAAAAUUCUGAAGCUCCAAAAUCACAUAAGGGCACCAGAAAAGUAGUCCGGACGACUCUGGUGAUUAAUCCAUAUCUUCUGAAGCGAUGUGAUAGGUGUGGGUGAGAAACAGAUCAAUAUAUAAUUCCUUUUUCCUUCACUUUCACUUUCUCCUGUUUUUGAUGAUUUGCAUUCUUUGUGCAUAUCGCCCCCUACUGGGCAGGGAGAAGAAUAUGACAAAAAAUGGCUUAAAUAUUGAUCUGUUUCUCAACCACACCUAUCAUAUCAUGUCUGAACACAUGGAUUUAUCCACUGGAGUCUUAUGGAGUACUUUAUGCUCUCUUUAUGUGGUUUUUUGGUCUUAAAAAUUUUGGCACCCAUUCUUUUGCAUUGUAUGGACCUACAGAACUGAAAUAUUCUUCUAAACAUUUCCAUUUGUGUUCUACUGAAGAAAGAAAGUCAUACACAUCUGGGAUGGCAUGAGGGUGAGUAAAUGAGUGAAUUUUCAUUUUUGGGUGCACUAUCCCUUUAAAUAGGAUGACACCAAAACAAAAUAGUACAGACAAACGAAAAGUGUGUUUGAUUGGUGUGCUGUUGCGAUGAGCCAGUUUAUAUACAUAUAUAAAUAUAUCAAUAUACAUAUAAUUUUGUAAACAUUUUUGUAUGUAUAAAGCUACAUUUAUGGUGUAUGUGUCCCAGAGGACAUUCAGUGCAGUUUUGAUUGUGAAUGCUGUGAUGUACAUUAUUAAUGAUUACCUUACUAUUUGAUUAGAUGCACAUUUACUGACUGGUCUCAACUAGCUGUAGUUGCUAAUGAAUAAACCUUCUGUUCAGUAGCUCUGUUUUUGUUUUGGUCACCUAAACAUCAGCUGAAAGGGACUGGUGGACCCUAAAAAGUUACUUAAACAAUUUUCAGUCAGGUGCAACUCGUGCAUUAGAUCAUGAUGUGAUCACUUUUUUCUAUAUGUAGCCCCUCCUUCAUGUGGUGACAGUACUUAUAACACAUUUGCAACAUUUAUAAGCUUUGUAGUAGUUAUUUUUAAAGACUGUGUGUGUGUGUGUUUGCGUUGUAUGUAACGAUGUACUUAAUGGAAAUGUAUGUUGUUUGUGUUGAUGAAAAAAGCUAUUAUAACUUAAUUUAAAGAAAAUUGUUGGAAGAAAAAGAUAAGGUUAAAAUGUUGAAACUUUUACUAUACCUGAAUGAGAGAUUAAGCAGUAAGGAAGUAUUUAUCGUGCCUUACAAAUAAAUGAUUCAUUGGACCUUUA